AACCCCACACAGACCCCGAGAUCUCGACGCGAGCGCAAUAGAUCAGAUCAGUGCCAUGGCGAUCAUCUCCGAGGACAUCAUGCAGGAGGACGAGGCGUCGACGCAGCAGCACCAGCACCAGCAGGCGGCGGCGGCCACGCUGAAGGAUAACAGCAGCACGGAGGUGGAGAAGAAGGAGGGCAACAAGGGGAGGCAGCCAAACUCCGGCAACGGUCUCGACCUGGACAACUACUCGUGGACGCAGCAGCUGCCGGAGGUGAACAUCUCCGUCCCCGUCCCUGAAGGAACGAAGGGAAGGUCCGUGGUCUGCGAGAUCAAGAAGGACCACCUCAAGGUCGGGCUCAAGGGCCAGCCCCCCAUCAUCGACGGCGAGCUCCACGAACCUGUCAAGGUGGAGGACUGCUUCUGGAGCAUCGAGGAUGGUAGGUCGCUGUCCGUACUGCUCACCAAGCGUAAUCGGAGCGAGUGGUGGAAGUCCGUGAUCAAGGGCGAGCCGGAGAUCGACACCCAGCGUGCCGAACCGGAGAGCAGCAAGCUCUCGGACCUGGACCCCGAGACGAGGCAGACCGUGGAGAAGAUGAUGUUCGAUCAGAGGCAGAAGCAGAUGGGCCUGCCUACGAGCGAGGAGAUGCAGAACCAGGACAUGCUCAAGAAGCUGUACCCGGACAUGGACUUCUCCGGGAUGAAGAUGCCUUCUUAAGAUUGUCUCUUUAGCUAGGGGACGAAUUCACAAGAUUUUAGAUGGAGAAAUCGCUUCUAAUAGCUUAAUUAGUAGCGGUACUUUG